AUGGCCCAGCAGCGUCAUGGUUCUUCGUCUUCCUCUUCUUCGGCGUGCCGUCUACGACUGAGAAAAGUUGCAGCUGCCGUCACCACUGCUCUUGCUGUGGUCACAGUUGCGGUCGUCCUUGCGCAGCAGCAACGGCAGCUUGGGUGUCUGGCAAAGGUGGUGCUUAUGGAGGACAGUGCGGGCUCCCUGCACAUCAACACCACGGACCCGGCCGCCCAGUCCAUGUACGUUAACGGGCUCGAUGUCGUGCGCUUGUUUGAGACCGUCCAGGUACAGCAGAGCAUGCUGACGGAACAGGAAAACACGAACCAGCUCGUGCUCGGCAAGCUCAACGCCUUGGCCACGGCCGUGCAAGUUGCAGAGGACGAGCGCGACGCCAUGAGCACGCAGCUGAGCACACUCCAGGUGCAGUAUGACAUGCUGGCUGAAGAGCAGCACUCAACCAUAAACGCUUCGGACGCCCUUGAGGCUCUGGACGCUCGCGUGUGCAAGCUUGAGGUACCGCGCUGGGACGCAACCACCAUCUCCAACCUGGGCACAGGUCACAAAUGGAACGGUGGCGUGCUUGCAGGCAACGGCCUGAUCUACGGUAUUCCACAGGAUUCUACUGGCGUCCUCGUUCUGGACCCCAAGAGCAACACCGCCGACUUCACGACCAUCGGCGCGCUCGGUGGCUCUUCCAAGUGGAGCAACGCCGUCGUGGCGCCCAACAACGGCUUCAUCUAUGCCUUCCCGCGACACUCCCGCUCCGUCCUGGUCAUCGAUCCCUUCACGAACACCGCCGACACCACGACGAUGACGGACUUGUCGAGUGCGGGUAACAAGUGGCAUGGCGGCACCGUCGCCCCGAAUGGACUCAUCUACGGAAUGCCGGGCUCUGCAUCGACCGCCAUCAUCAUCGACCCCUUCACCAACACCUACGACAUCACAACCAUCGCUGACCUUGGCAGCCAGCAAGACAAAUGGUACGACGCCGUCGUUGCUGCAAACGGCCUCAUAUACGCACUCCCUCGCACCUCACCGUCGGUGCUCAUAAUUGAUCCAGCCACAAACGCGGUCGACACCACGAGCAUCAACAACCUCGGUGGCGGCGACAAGUGGUACGGCACCGUGCUUGCAAGCAACGGCCUCAUCUACGGCGUCCCGUACACUGCGUCGUAUGUUCUCGUGGUUGACCCAGCCGACAACAGCGUUGACAUGUCCAUCUCCGUCUCCGGCCUCGGAGGCAGCUCGUCGUACAAAUGGAACGGUGCUGUGCUUGCACGCAAUGGCAAGCUGGUGUUCAUCCCGUACUACGCCAAUGCGGCGCUUGUCCUGGACCCAGAAACCCACGCUGUGGACGUGACGUCCUUCCAAGUCGGCUCAGGCACCCAGAAGUGGAGUGGUGGUGCACUCGCGCGCAACGGACUCAUCUACGCCAUCCCCGACACGCACCCGGCGAUCCUCAUCCUCGAAACCGGCUGCUGA